UGUAUAUAAGGCGAUCGUUGUGACUCAAAACUGAGUGAGGAGACUGAGAAAACAGAACAAAACAAAAUGGAAGACACACUUUCUGCGUUGAGGUCUUUGAUGGUUUCUCACUCUCCGCCGCUGGAUGCCUUAGUGGUGCCCUCUGAAGAUUAUCACCUGAGCGAAUAUGUGUCUGCACGAGACAAGCGCCGCGAAUUCGUUUCCGGCUUCACUGGAAGUGCCGGCUUGGCACUUAUAACAAAGAAAGAAGCACUGCUGUGGACGGAUGGACGGUAUUUUUUGCAGGCUGAGAAAGAACUUAGUGCUGGGUGGAAGCUAAUGCGAAUUGGUGAAGAUCCUGCUGUAGAUAUCUGGAUGGCCGAUAAUUUGCCAAAAGAAGCAUCCGUUGGGGUUGAUCCCUGGUGCAUUUCAAUUGAUACUGCUCAAAGAUGGGAGCGUGCUUUUGCCGAAAAACAGCAGAAGCUGGUUCCAACCUCAAAAAAUUUGGUGGAUGAAGUUUGGAUAAAUCGCCCACCGGCAGAGAUAAAUGCUGUUAUUGUACAUCCUGUGAAAUUUGCAGGUCGCUCUGUUGCAGAUAAAUUGAAAGAUUUGAGAAAAAAGCUUGUACAUGAGCAAUCCCGUGGGAUAAUUUUCACAGCACUUGAUGAAGUUGCAUGGUUGUAUAAUAUUCGUGGAAGUGAUGUGGCCUACUGUCCUGUUGUUCAUGCAUUUGCUAUUGUGACAUCCAAUUCUGCUUUCAUUUAUGUGGACAAACAAAAGGUUUCUGUUGAGGUACAAACUCAUUUAGUGGAGAAUGGAAUUGAAAUUCGAGAGUAUACAGCCGUAAGCUCUGAUGCGACAUUGCUUGCAACUGAUGAGCUAGAUGCUGUAUCUACUGCCAAGGCUGCUUUAGCCGAAACAGAGGCCACAAAAAUUCCCAGUGAAAUUGAUAAGAGUGUAAAUGGUGAACAUCAAGCAGAAGAAAAUAGUAAUGACCUCAUAUGGGCUGAUCCAGUUUCAUGCUGUUAUGCACUGUAUGCAAAGUUGAACCCCGAUACAGUUCUCUUGCAGCAAUCACCUUUAGCCCUUGCAAAAGCUUUAAAGAACUCGGUGGAGUUGGAUGGGUUAAAAAAGGCACAUAUUCGGGAUGGUGCAGCAGUUGUGCAAUAUCUUGUCUGGCUGGAUAAGAAGAUGCAGGAUAUUUAUGGAGCUUCUGGUUACUUUUUGGAGAAGGAUUCUGUGAAAAAGGAGAAACAUUUGCAAUCUUUGAAAUUGACUGAGGUGACUGUAAGUGACCAGCUUGAAGGUUUUCGAGCAUCAAAAGAGCAUUUCAAAGGAUUGAGUUUCCCCACUAUUUCUUCAGUUGGCUCAAAUGCAGCUAUAAUUCACUAUUUUCCAAAGGCAGAAACAUGUGCUGAACUUGAUCCAGACAAAAUUUAUCUUUUUGAUUCUGGAGCCCAGUAUCUAGAUGGAACAACAGAUAUUACACGAACAGUUCAUUUUGGUAAACCUUCGACUCACGAAAAAGCGUGUUAUACAGCAGUCCUAAAGGGUCACAUUGCUCUUGGAAAUGCUAGAUUUCCCAAUGGGACAAAUGGGCAUUCUCUUGAUAUUCUUGCCCGAAUUCCUUUGUGGAAGGAUGGUCUUGAUUAUCGACAUGGUACUGGUCAUGGAAUUGGGUCCUAUCUGAAUGUUCAUGAAGGACCUCACUUAAUCAGUUUCAGACCUCAGGCUCGAAAUGUACCAUUGCAAUCUUCAAUGACUGUUACAGAUGAACCUGGUUACUAUGAGGAUGGAGAGUUUGGGAUAAGAUUGGAGAAUGUGCUUAUUGUCAAGGAGGCUGAUACAACUUUCAAUUUUGGUGAUAGAGGUUACUUAUCUUUUGAACACAUUACCUGGGCACCAUAUCAGACGAAGUUGAUUGACCUGAACCUUCUAAGUCCCGAGGAGAUAAAUUGGCUGAACUCCUAUCACGCCACAUGUAGGAAUAUUCUGGCGCCAUAUUUGGAUGAAGUUGAAAAUGCAUGGCUGAAGAAAGCCACUGAACCUGUAGGUGCAUGAGCUGUGUUUGGAGUUGAAAAGUUAAAUAACUUAAAGAUGGUUCAGCGUAAUUUUAGUGUCUUCCGUAUCCAUAAUACUGUAAUCUAGAUUUUAGAUAUCAUUGGGAAUGGUUAUUCCUUCAAAUUACUAUGCACAGCAUAUAUAAUAUAUCAAUAUUCUGCUGCAUCAUAUUUGAGGGCGUGUACAACGUUAAAUUGUCUAUCCGCACGGCAUCACUGCAUGCAUCAGCUCUUUUACUUUUCCCUAAUAUUGUUUAUAAAUAAGAUGGAUCUUGUACCUAAAAAUGAUGACCCACUAA